CAGGUAACUCUGUGUGCAGAGUAAUUUGUUGUGUGUGGUGAGAAAGUACACGAGACAUUUUUGGUACACUUUUGCUGCUCCAUGUGAUUACAUAAGCGGAACACGGAACCAACCUACGUUGCCCACCCCCAGUAUGUACAUUGCUACGGUUCGAAGUCGGUGCACGGUAGUUGCCGGGAGAUGGCCUCACUUGGGUGGGAGCGUCAUUUCAACGCAUCUCUCCCUGUCUGCUCUUUUAAAAUUAGUCCGAGCGGCAUCCAGGCUUAGAAACGACCUACAUCCAUGUCUGAACGACUUCGCAUCGGGGACCCAUUGGUUCGAACUACGCUCUUUUCACGCUCUCCGACAUCAAUCUUUCGGCACUAGACGUCCUCAAGGAUAUCUUCAGGCAUUCCAAUUGGACCCAACAGCAUCAGCAAAUCGUCAAGGUUGCAUGAUUGAGACCUUUGGUAUCAUGACUGAGUCUAAGCUCCGCACUAGAGAUAGGAUUGAGAGUGACUCAUAGGUGCCCAAAAUUGCUAUGUGAGAAAAAUAGGAAUCCAUGCACAGUGCCGAUCUUAUUCUGGUUGUCUAUUUUGGCAAGGCAUAGGGUUUGAAGCACUGGAAGCGAGACACUUUUGGGCC